AUGGCUUCAGGAGUUGCUCCUCAGUCCAUCUCCUUCUCUGGGUCUGGAUUCAUGGCCACCUACCAGUUAGGGGUCGCCCAGUGUUUCCUAAACUAUGUUCCCUGGAUUCUGAGCACAGCUCCGUAUGUUCUCGGUGCGUCUGCUGGAUCUCUGGUGGCAGCUGCUGUGGUCUGUGAAAUGAGCCCAAUCACCAUUCGGGAUGAGAUAAUACACUUCGCCAAACAGAUGAAGGCUUUUACACUCGGGCCAUUCAACCCCUCAAUCAAUGUGUUCCACUGGUUGGAGAGUGUUUUAAACAAGUAUCUUUCCCCUGAUGCACACAACUUGGCCAGCGGUCGUCUCGCUGUGGCUAUGACCCGCCUGAGUGAUGGCAAGCACAUAGUGAUGACUGAGUUUCAGUCCAAAGAGGAUGUAGUACAGGCCCUGCUUUGUAGCUGCUUUGUGCCUUGGUACUGUGGUAUUCUGCCUCCAUCCUUCAAAGGAGAAUAUUAUGUAGAUGGAGGUUUCAGUGGCAUGCAGCCUGUACUGCCUGUGUCCUGCAGCAACACGUUGACAGUGUCCCCGUUCUCCGGAGAGACCGACAUCUGCCCCUCAGACACGCCAUGCAUUUGGGACAUGGUGGUGAGCGGAUCCACGCUGAAGGGCAACAUGGCCAACAGCUUCAGGGUCAUCAAUGCUCUUUACCCCAUGGCUUUAGAGACGCUGGAUCAAGCCUUCUACAGCGGCUACAAAGACACCAUUGAUUUUCUUCUGCGCAAUGAUCUCGCCCCCUGUUCAAUGGUUAAAACAAUAUCAAUAUCCAAUAUCUGCAACCAAACUAAAGUGGGGAGGCAUCUGGAGACCACCAUAGAGGAAGAGGUGGAGCAGGAUAAAGCCACACUGACAUCUUUUACAGACAACAGACAUAUACAGACGGGCAAUGUCAAAAUCCAGAGAUUUCAGACGCUGCAAAGCUUCACUCCAGAGUUUUUUUUCUGGGCCUGGCAUUGCCUGAGACAUUUUUUGUUCUUCUUUUUCAACAUGGUUGUCGGUAGCCUCAAGAAGAACAUGAAGGACAGGGUCUUGCCCAUCAUCAUGUUGUUGAAGUGGCUGAAAAUGCAGUCCCUGUAUGAGGCUGUACGGGGAAAGGUGCACUCAUCGACUGGCAAUAACUCUUCUGACCAAUCAGAUAAUAUCAAGCGUGGUAUCAGUGGGGUGCUGGCCUCCUAA